AUGAAUAAACAUAUGGAACUAUGUGAUGCAUAUAAUCCUAAACAAACUCAUUUGGCAACAUCAACAGCAUUUAAUACUUUACAAUUAAUUAAUACGUCAAUUUCAUCAAAUACAUCGUCAUCUUCUUCAAUUUUUUCAUCUUUAAAUAAUAAAAAUCUUGAACAACACAAACAAAAAAUGACCAAUUUGUUAUCUGAAUGGAUAUGUACAAAUAUCCGUCCAUUAGGUCUCGUCGAAGAUACGGGAUUUAAAAAAAUAGUUAAAGAAGCAAUUCGUAUAGGUUAUACUUGUGGUCCAAUUAAAUCUGAUGCUAUUUUAUCAUCUCGAAGAACAGUAACUAGACAAAUAAAAUCCACUGCUACAAGUGGACAUGAACAAAUUAAAGAGAUUUUAUUAAAAGCUGCACGUGAACGAUCAUUAGCUUUAUCACCUGAUAUUUGGUCAGACGCAUAUCGUCAACAAUCAUAUUUAGGAUGUACAGCUCAUUGGGUUGAUGAUACGUGGAAUUUAUAUUCGUUCGAGAUAUUUUGUAUACCAUUUGAUACUCCAAAUAAAAAAGCACCUGAUGUGCUGAAGGUCUUGAAAAAAGGUUUAUCUCUUUAUGAUCUCACACUAUAUAUGAGAGAUAUUAUUUGGGUUACGGAUCGUGGAUCCAAUAUUAAAAAAAUAUUGGAAGAAUAUGAAGUUGUAUUUUGUGCAGCACACAGAGUCAACAACAUUCUUGAAAGACUAUUUUUUCAAAGUAAAAAAAAGAAAAAGAAAAAGAAAAACGUACAAUUACAUGAUGAAUGUCAAGAAGAUAAUGAAGAAAAAAUGUCUGAUUCCGAAGAAUCAAGUGAAGAUUAUGAUGAUAAUGCUAUGGAUUUACAACAACAUCAACCAACUAAUCAACGACGGUAA